UUAAGGGCAUUGUUUUCCUCCUACUUUAGUUUGUUCCCGUUUGUUUUUUCAGGGUAAAUUAAGUGGAAGUUUUGCUGUACCCAUGCAUUGUCUUUUUCAGUUUGCAUGGUUUAAAUGUCCCCUCUUUGUGUGUUUCAGAUUUGAAUUCAGCAGCGUCUCUCACAGUGAGUCCUGACAGUGUGCAGCACUUCACCAAAACGUCUGUGUCACUGAGCUGUGAGGGAAACUCCACUGAGUGGAGAGUGAUGAGGUUUUAUAAAUCUGACAACCUUCAUCCCUGUUCUUCCUGGGGGACAAUGACUGGAUCCACAUGCACAAUAACCAGAAGCUGGCUUAGUGGAGUGUUCUGGUGUGAGUCUGAAACAGGACAGUUCAGUAAUGCAGUCAACAUCACUAUGGAGAAUUAUGAUAUUAUCCUGAACGAUGACAGAAGGGAGCUGACCAUCUCUGCAGUGUCAAAGUCAGACGAAGGCUUUUAUAAAUGUAAACGGAGAGAUUCAGCAGAUGGUUGGACGUCACCAGAGAGUUGGUUCUCAGUAAAAUUAGCAGCGUCCGGGCCAGGAAAAGACUCUCAAUUUCCCAUUCUUCUGAUCGUUGUGCUGCUUUGUGGAGUUUCACUGAUUAUUCUCCUGCUGCUGUUCCUGUAUCGCUACAGAAAGUCAAAAGAUUCAUGCUAUAGCAGAUCUCAGAGGACCAAUCAGGGCCCUGCUACAGACCACAUGAUCAACCAGGACGAAACUAACCAAAGAGAAUAUGCUUCUGUUCUUCAGGAUAAUGCUUGUCUCUAUGCAACAGUCAGAGGCCCAGAAGAACCUGCAAAUGAUGAAUACACGGAUGUCACGUAUUCUGUGGUCCAGCUCAAAAACAUUUCUAAGAAGGGGAAGAAAAAUGAACCGGAGGAUUGUGUUUACUCACAUGUGCAGAUGGCAUCAGCUGCAGGGAAGUCAAGUCCUGCACCAGCGGAUGAAACUGUUUAUUCUGAACUCAAACCAGGAACAGCUCUUGGUAAAAAUGCAGCGUAACAUCAUAUCAAACAAUGUCUUCUGUAAGGACAAGACGAAUGGAAACAACAUACCAAAACUAAACCUUUGUUUAUUAAACCUUAUUUUCAGCUUUGCUCUCCAUUCAUCAGACAGUAUUUUGUACAGUUAAAGUAAUAGCAACUCAUUGAAAGAAAAGGCAUCAUAUGGCUUUGAUCUAGGUGUUUUAAAGAAAGUAAACUUUGUUUUGCAUCAAUAAACUUUAUUUACUUAA